AUGUCUCUUGCACUUGAUAAAACACAUUGUUCUUCAUCAACUCCUACGAUUGUGACGAGAACCAAAUCGAGAAAUGGAUGUUUGACUUGUAAGAAAAAACGAUUAAAGUGCGAUGAAACCAAACCGGCAUGUAUAAACUGUACAAAGAAAAAUAUCAGAUGUGGUGGUUAUGCAACGAACUUCAAAUGGAAGCUGUUUAAAGAAACAAAACUGUUGAUUAAUGAAAAGUCGCUAAAUCGUCAUUUAGAAUUGGCAAGUUUAUCGGUGACUGGGAAAAGUAUCACUAAAAUAAGUAAGGAAAGCGAGUUGAUUUCAAGGGGUCUCAAUCCUGAAAGUGCACAAGAAGAAGAUGAUGAUGAAGAAGAAGAAGAAGUAGAUAGUAACAAUAAUAACGCUGCUUUAUUCACUCUGCUGCUGCUGCUGCUGCUAUCAAGUGCAAAAAGAUAUAGUUUGCCGCAAAGAGAGUCGCCACUGCGUAGUGGUAGUGAUGUUACCAAUCCGUUAUUAAAACCAUAUAGCAAAACAUUCAGUUUCAGUGACUUCUCAAGCGUCAAGAGCAAGUAUGAAAACAACAAUAAUAACAAUGAUAAUAUUUCUUCAGCUGAUAUGGCAGUGGUGGAUAUAGGGGGGAAACAGACUUCAGAAUCGUCUCCACUAGUGCUCACCAAGGCUUCUCCUUCUUCACUUAGCCCAGAGCCGCUAUCUAUGACUAAAAAAACUACAAAAGAUCCUGAUUUUGACGUUUUUGGUACUCCAUUACUCAGUGCCAUAUUAAGUUUUGCUAACAAUCCCGAAGAAGUAGAUGUUUCCUCAGUGGAGUUGUUGACACCACAGGCUUUAGAUCGGGCACAAGUUGCAUGGGCAGCGGCGUCACCCGAUUCUGACCUGGUUAGAUCGUUAGCAAAGUCUUCAGAACAGGAUCAAAUUCUCUUUUUGUAUUGUGAACAUACCUCGGGCAUCAUGUCAAUAAAAAAUGGAACUCACGAGAAUCCAUGGAGAAAUAUGAUUGUUCCGCUAGCUCGCAAGUACAAUUGCCUUUUCAAUUCCAUUGCCUCGAUGACUCUUUUCCAUCUUGCAGGUAGACGUGAGUUGGCUAGUGCGCCAGAGGAAUUGCGUCCGCGUGCAAGUAAUUACAUGAAAAGAUGUAUUUUGGAGUUGGCGAGUGGCUUAUCCAAAAUUGAGAGUGGUGACGAUUGUGAGUUGCCGGCAGACAUAGCACUAGCAACGUGUUUGAACUUGGCUUUUUCAGAAGUGUGGGGCACACAUACUUCUAGUGGGAUUGCACACUUAAAGGGGGCCAAAAGUAUAAUUGAUAAGAUAUUGGCAUUGUUGAAAGAAUGUCAAGCGGAAAUUUGGGAGGAGCGGCAGAAGCAAUCCCCAAUUAUACGUUAUUCUCCAAACAAGAAAGCGUCCAAGAUUGGGAUUGAAUUAAUUUUAUUCGAUCAACUUGAAUACGAGAAAAUGGUUCAUGAUAGUUUACGUAAUGAAAGCUGUGUGAUUAUUCCACAAAGUAUCCGGUUUUUACUCAAUGCAUGGAUCUACUUGGAAGUAUUGGCUAGAGUUACAGCAGACGCCAAUCAUGAUGAUAAAGGCAUUGAUCUUGUGGCGACAAUAACAACAAUGUUGAAUAAGGAUCAGAGGAAUGAAAAACAACAGGUUGAUUCUCUGUCGUCAUCAUCGGUGCAAAGCGACUCCACGGAAAGUUUCCCCAGUUUUUUUGACGUGUUUGAUAGUUUUCAAUAUAACACAGAUUCCAUUGACCCUCUACUUGGUUGUGGGCAAGGGCUUUUCUCAAUUAUAGGCAAGGUUGCCAAUUUAGUUGCCAAAAUUCGAAAGACGAAAACACGAGAAAAUUGGAAAAGGAGAAAUUCAUUGAAUACUAUAACACAGGCUUCGGUAUUAAGACAAGCGCUACUAGAUUGGGUUCCAAGUAUUGACUCUAGUGCAGUAGACCAGGAAGCAGGAGGAAACGGGUUAAAAAAGACAUGGGAUUUGGCAUCGUGUAUUGCCACGGCAGAAGCUUAUCGAAACUCUGCAUUGCUAUUUUUACACCAAGGGGUUCCCGAGCUUCCAUCUUUACCGUCACAUGUAUUGGCAGAAAAGAUACUUGUACUAUUGUCAUCGAUUCCUGUUUCGUCCAAUUUGGGGAUUGUCCAUAUAUUUCCGCUUUUAGUAGCUUCGUGUGAAGCCGAGCCAGGAGAAGAAAGAGACUGGUGUACUGCAAGAUGGAAAGUGUUAGCGGAAAAAAUGGCAUUAGGGAGUAUAGACAGAGGAGUAGAGGUUGUUAAAGAAGUGUGGAAACGCAAAGACCAACAAAGUAGAGACAAAACAAAGCAUUUUUAUCAGUAUCAUAAUCCAUUGAAAAACUUGAUGUUCAUUAUGAACAGUGGUGGUGAUCAACCCAAUAAAGUCGACGAGGGUGGAAUUGAAUCAAGAACUCAUUGGACUAAUGUAAUGAAAGAAUGGGGCUGGGAGGUUCUACUAGGCUAA